AUGCCAACACAGCUGGUGGGGCAGGACAAUCAUGCCAAUGAUGUACGGGUUAAGACAGUGUUUAGUGGUGAUGUUAUGAUUACUUAUAUUAAUCACAACAUAACCCUUGAUGAGUUUACUCAGGAGAUGGUGGCAAUAUGUCGUUUUGCACCAGAUCAGGUGUUUACUAUGAAGUGGGUGGAUGAAGAAGGAGACCCAUGUACUAUAUCUACUCAGCUGGAGCUGGAUGAGGCGUUGCGGCUUUAUGAACUGAACCGGGAUUCCGAACUGACUGUUCAUGGUGAGUAA